AUGGCUUCAAAAGGAGGCAAAGGCAAUUUGAAGCGUGACAGAGUAGGAACGAUUGAAGAGAGCGAAUCGUACAAGAAACCACGCCGAUCCGAGAGAUUGUCACAGCCAGGGCACACACCUAUCUCGAAUAAACAGCAUCUUCCUUCCCCAGUUACACAUCAAGAAUCUUCUUCCUCCAGUGAGCAUCUCAGAGAUGGCACUGCAACACCACCAGAGGGUCGACCGAGCCAAAUUCAGCAUCGAACUCCCGAGCCCACGGAACGUUUCUUGAAAGAGCCGCAAGCUCUAUCGUCUCCUCUCGUUGCCUACUCUCAAGCAAAAACUCAAGAAAUGAGUCAAUUGCCAGGAAACACAACUGCCUUUUCAAAUGAUGUCGAAGACGAAGAGGAGGAAGGUGUCUGGGGAUACUUGAUACCUCUUAAUCACAAAUAUGGGAAACGCCUUGUCUUAAAGAGAAGAGAUGCUUGUCCACUGCCAGAAAAGGAAAGCGAUCUUGGAAAUCCGAGGAAAGGCAAAGACUUGAAUAAGGAGGAAGUUGCUUAUGAGGCCACCAAAUUCAAGGGAAUUACUUCGGGGGGAUACUUGAUCGGACGACAUCCAGAGUGUGCUCUCCAAAUCGAUGAUAUCAAGGUCUCCAAUAGACACUGUCUCAUUUUUACCGAGAACCAAGCAGGUCUGAAUGUUGCUGUCAUUGAGGACUUAUCAAGUAAUGGCACUUUUAUUGAAGAGAGUAUCAUUGGACGAAACAAGCGUCGCCAACUCGAAGAUGGGGAUGAGAUACAAAUAUUGGAUGACGCCAGAUUUGUCUUUCGAUACCCAAAGCUGCGCGAGACCAGUAAAUUCUUGCAGAAUUACACAAUCCUAGACAAACUUGGAUCAGGUCACUAUGCAACGGUUUACUUAUGCAUCGAAAAGGCGACUGGUCACCGCUUCGCGGUCAAAAUCUUUACAACCAAGCCUGGCGUAGGGGAAAAACAGAAAAUCGAAGGUUUGCAGCAAGAAAUUGCAAUACUCAUGGGUGUUAGCCAUCCGAACAUGCUGUGCUUAAAGGACACCUUCGAUGAGCCCGAUGCGACGUACCUCGUUUUAGAGCUUGCAGCGGAAGGAGAAUUGUUCAACUGGAUUGUCAAGAAGGGCAAGCUUACAGAGCAAGAAACAAGAAAGAUUUUCCUUCAAUUGUUUGAAGGCUUAAAGUACCUGCAUGAGCGUGGUAUCGUACACCGAGACAUCAAGCCCGAGAAUAUCUUGAUGACUGAUGAAGAUUUGCAUGUAAAACUUGCAGAUUUUGGUCUAUCAAAGAUCAUUGGAGAGGCAUCUUUCACGACCUCGCUUUGUGGCACUCCCAGCUACGUGGCUCCGGAGAUCCUCCAAGACAAUAACCAUCGACGAUACACACGUGCAGUUGAUAUAUGGGCAUUAGGAGUUGUUCUAUACAUAUGUCUCUGUGGAUUCCCACCCUUCUCUGAUGAAUUAUAUUCUAGGGACAAUCCUUACGACCUCAAAGCUCAAAUCAGACUCGCUAGAUUCGACUAUCCUUCUCCGUAUUGGGACAAUAUCGGCGACCCAGCAUUGGAUCUCAUUGAUCACAUGUUAACAGUUGACCCAGAAAAGCGUUACACCGUUGAUGAGUGCUUGUCGCAUCCAUGGAUGACUCAGAAGACUAUUAACCUCCACGAUAGUACGGAUGGUCUCGUCGGCGGACUUGCAGGUCUCGACUUCAGUAAGCGCAAGAUCAUGAGAGAAAGAACACUGCUCAGCGCUAUCAAUGUGGUCAAGCUUUCUAAGGUUAUCACAAUCGAAUCUGGCAAAGAUCCUGUUAAGGUAUAUGUUAAGAACUCAGACGCCAAGUCGAAUUGUAUCAACCAUCCAGCAAGUCAGCAAGAGCCACAGCAAAACGGAGCCAAGAACGAAGAGGUUCCAUCAGCUCAACGAGAUCCAAAGGAGUUCAUUGAGAUGGGCGGUAAAGGUGAUCAAACUCUGUUUGAUUAUGAGGGGGAGAGCAUCUAUCCAGAGGAUGUGGAGGCAAUAGCCAAAUCCCCCGAGAUGAAGGCUCCAGAGUCAAAAACUCCAAAGUCUAAGACGACCAGGCCAAACACACCCAAGUCCAAGACGCCAAAGAAGAACGGUAAAUGA